UUGUCAGUGCAGCUGCAGCGACCGUCAGGAGAAGGAGGGCAGCGUCCGAGAGCCGCCGCUGGAUGAGAUUUCACCGCUGAGAGAGAGCAGAGCAGCGGGGCGCAGUCCGGAUCCAGAACCCGGAGCGGUGACGCUGCGUUUAAAGGAGACUCUGAAGGGCAGAGUGAAGGAGGGUUGUUAUCCGGGGAGGGGGAAGCUCAUCCUCUUACCUCCCUCUGAAGGAGUAUUUUAACUGUGGAGCUUCCUCGUCGCCAAAUGGAUGCGAGUGCGUGAGGAGAAUCGCUAAUGAACGGCGCGCUGCGUCCUGCCGAGGCGCACCGCGUCCCUCGCUGCUUCUGAGGGCCACAGCAGAGCCGAGCACCGGGGCCUGAGAUUUUCUCACCUUCACGGCAGGAAUUAAUCAUCUGAGCUGCUAGUUUUUUUUUUCUAACUUCCACAAUCAGAGAGGUGGAUACAAACCCCUCCAGGAGCUGCGCAAAAAAAAACAAACAAAAAAAGACGUCAACAUGGGCAACAGCUUCUCCAACAUCUCUGCCUUCCAGUCGCUCCACAUCGUCAUGCUGGGUUUGGACUCUGCGGGGAAAACCACCGUCCUCUACAGGCUGAAAUUCAACGAGUUUGUCAACACGGUUCCCACGAUCGGCUUCAACACGGAGAAGAUCAAGCUGAGCAACGGCACCGCGAAGGGCAUCAGCUGUCAUUUCUGGGACGUGGGGGGCCAGGAGAAGCUGCGGCCUCUCUGGAAGUCCUACAGCCGCUGCACCGACGGCAUCAUCUACGUGGUGGACUCCGUGGACGUGGACCGGCUGGAGGAGGCCAAGACCGAGCUGCACAAGGUGACCAAGUUCGCGGAGAACCAGGGCACGCCGCUGCUGGUCAUCGCCAACAAGCAGGACCUGCCCAAGUCGCUGCCGGUGGCGGACAUCGAGAAGCAGCUGGCCCUGCACGAGCUGACGCCCUCCACCACCUACCACAUCCAGCCUGCGUGCGCCAUCAUCGGCGAGGGGCUGCACGAAGGCAUGGACAAGCUGUACGAGAUGAUCCUGAAGAGGAGGAAAUCCCUGAAGCAGAAGAAGAAGCGGUAACAGCCGCUGACUGAGAGGAAUCCAGGUUUACUUUGCAGUGAUUUGAGCCUCCUGUGUUUGGAUUAAAGCCCUGCUGAGUGAUGCACACAAGGAGCUGCCUCAGUGGAUAGAAACACAACUUUAACCAAAAAAAAAAGAGAGAAAAAGACAAUAAAACAGACUUGAAUUGACUCUGUGGAGCUCCAGCAUUGAGGAUUAAAACGGGCUGGCCCGUUUACCUGCUGCUUUAACUCGGACUCAGUUUGGACUCUGAUGUUUUUUUUAAAAUUUCCAUCCACAGGUUGAGUUUGUGGAGAUGAGUUUGAUUUUGCACGUGGCUCGGGACACUUGUGGCCCCUGCUCUAAUUUUAAUUUCUUUCUUUUUUGUUUUGUUUUGCCGGAACCAGACAUCUGUAGUGUCAGCCUCUGAUUCUGGAUGUCAUGCAGACUGUUGAUUUUGGAGCAUUGAAGUAGCCUUCCCUCUGCAUGGUGGACUGAAGACAGAAUCCACUACUUUGCACUUUUCAUUUGCUAACAAACAGUAGAGAACUACACUGUACGACUAGAGGAGCAGAUCCAGGUGGUUUAUGUACCAAGAAGCCAAAAUUGAAGUAUUUUUUGUAUAUUAAAAGAUUUUAAAUCCA